AGACUUAUCAACUGUCAGUUAUAUAUUUGGUUCUUCGAAGGCAGCCCGACGCGGAAGUGAAGGCACAGUGGACGGUGUGGUCUCCAGCUUGAUUCCAAAUUAUCGAUAAUCUGCCGCAAUGUUGUUCAGUCUAGGUUUAAUUUGUGUCGCCUUGAUCAUAUUUUUAUAUAAGUAUGUCUUCGGCAAUUCCGGACCCAAUCCCUUUGAGACGGACACUCGUGAGCCACUAAGGGAGAUGGUUCACGACAGGAAGGAGAAAAAUAAAGUUCUAAAGCAAGGUGAGAUCAGAUUUUAAAGCCGUGAGAUAUAUGAACUUUAGCUUUUUCCUGUUUCUGCUGCAAAAUGACUGUUAUUCACGCUGUUCCUACCUCUUAAAGUGGAUUUUUUUUCCGCUUGAAACAAGGUGUAAAGAAAUAGUCUCCAUGCCUGCAAGUCCGCGCUGCGGGGGUAACUGUGUCAGGAGGAUGAUAGUAUGGCUGCAGGCUGCAAGAAAUUUCAACAAAGACUGUUUUAUUCUGAAAGAAAUGACAUAAUUUUUUUUCUUACAGUUGACCGAACUAUUUUUUGUCCUACUAAGGCAGUCAAGUAAUUAUUUAUUGUAUAGUUGUAUUUCCAUGUAUUCCAUGUAUUUCCCUUUUUAAUGUAACAUAAGUGAAGCUAUUUCGAGAGAAGUUGCACUUUAAGUAUCUUCUGGAGAAUUAACUUUAGUUUUUGAGAGAGGCUGUUAAAUACUAAUGGGAAAUAUAAUUUAAUUUUACUGCAAGAAAGAAAAUAGGAAUAUUGAAUUGAUCAGUGUUAAAUGUUGAAUCUUACUAAAUUUAAAUAAAUAAAUGACAGAUUUUGACCCACCUGAGCCAUUCUCAAUUUAUAUUAGGUUUUGUGUGUGUGUGUGUGUGUGUGUGUGUGUGUGUGUGUGUGUGUGUGUGUUUAAAAUUCAGAGUAUUUUAGCUGUCUAGAACUUUAGUAAUAAGUGUUCAUUUAGCUGUUAUAAGUAAUAAGUAUAAGUAAAGUCAUGCAUGUGCUGUUUUUGUCUGUCCUGCAGUCCAAACCCCUAUUUGGUUUAAAAUAGGCAUUAAUGACACUGCAGAAAUUUGGUUUCAAAUUUGGAAAUCUUGAUUCGGGUAAUGUUAGGUAAUACCCUGUUUUAUACCACAGCCAUGCUGUUAUUUAAUUGUUUUGGUGUCUGUCUUCUUCAGGUUUCCUGGCCAGUAAAGUACCUACAGACUUGGAUGCUGUUAUCAUUGGCAGUGGGAUUGGUGGGCUUGGGCUUGCGGUGCUGCUGGCUAAAGUUGGAAAGAAAGUCCUUGUCCUGGAGCAGCAUGACCGGGCUGGAGGCUGCUGCCACACGUUCACUGAGAAGGGCUUUGAGUUUGAUGUUGGUGAGAAUAAGCAGUGUUCUUUCAUGAAUUUGUAUAAAGUUGCCGUAUGUCACUGAUUGAGAUGAAAUGGGAAUGUUUGAAGGCAGAAAGGUUGUGACACAGUACAAGUCUUUGUCACAUUGCAUUUUUCCACCCACUUAGGAAUCCACUACAUCGGAGAGCUCCUGGACCACAAGCCCUUCCGCUGCAUGCUGGACAGCAUGACUAACGGUCAGCUGCAGUGGGAGCCCCUGGACAAUCCAUUCGACCAAGUAGUUAUUGGACCUCCAGAAAACCGCCGCCGGUACCCAAUCUACAGUGGCAGGACCCGCUUCCCUGAGGAGCUGAAGAAAUGCUUCCCUGGAGAGGAGAAGGCCAUUGAUGAGUACAUGAGGCUGGUCAAGGUGGGAUGCUUCUGCAUUACAGAGUGUAAUCAAGGGGUCUAAAUAAAGUUUUUGCUAGUUCUGUUUAAUUUCUGCAGCUUUAAUCUUGGCAUGUCAAGGAGAAUAUGUGCCAGUGAUAAAAAUCACGUGUUUACUUUCUUGUUAUUACUUAAUUGAGCAAAAUGACCAAACUGUCUUUUCCACUUUUGAACUUUGGGUUCAUAAGCUGUACUUAAGCACAAAGUUGCCUCAUCGUCCAGAUUUCUGUUGGUGUUGUCACUGAUUUUUCUCAACAGAUCAAGGGUUGGUAAAUCAAAGUUCAGAGAAUGUGGUGAGGCCUCCUGUUUUAGCUGAUAUAUUACAUAAUAUUACCCAGACUGAGUUGCAUCAGCAAUGUUUGGCUUUGACACAUCAAAAUAGAUAUGCUACUUUCUUUAUCUUUGAGGAGUCAGUUCCUUUUUUUCUUGUGCUAUUUGUACCAUUCUUGUCAGUGUGAUAUCUUAAGAACAUCUUGUGAGAAAAUCCUCACAAUCAGCAUAAAUAUCCACUCGGAGGCAAAGAGGAACUGAUAGGUUAUCAAAAGUCAAAGUCGCUGUCACAAAGCGUGCAUCCUUUUAUCAGCAACACAUAUGGGGACUUUAAAACACGUGCUUUAUGUUUAUGUUCUUAUCCAUCCAACCCACACUGUCAUUUCAAACACAGGUGUAUGCAGACAGCAGCAUAUCUGUCUGGAGAUUUGCAACAGCAGAGUGAUAAUUCAUUUAUAAUUAGUUGUAUGUCUAUGUUUUCUUUAAACGCUCAUUAAGCAAAAUCACUUUAAAAAAACAUCAUCUCUUCAUGUUUAAUCUUCAGAGAGUUGGACGGGGCAUUUGGUUCCUUGCUGUCCUCAAGCUCUGCCCUGCUCCUUUGGCGAAGUUCUUGGUCUACACUGGCCUGGUCAGACGUCUGUCCAGCUUCUUUGAAAUGGCGCCCCGCAGCCUGACUGAAGUGGUCAACGGACUAACAGAGAACAAAGAUCUCAGGGCUGUUUUCGCCUACAUCUUUGGCACCUAUGGUACACCAAGCAGCUCUUCUGUCCCUGCCAUGAUCCAUUUUCUUCUGCAGCUCCUUACUCACAGAUUUGUUCCCUCCUCAUAUCUGCAGGUAACAUGCCAAAAGAAGCCAGCUUUGCCAUGCACAGCCUGCUUACCACUCACUACCUGAAUGGCGCCUGGUACCCAAAAGGUGGAGCCAGUGAAAUUGCCUACCACAUGAUCCCGAUCAUUGAGAGCGCUGGUGGAGCUGUUCUAGUUCGUGCUCCUGUCAACCGCAUCUUGUUCAACAAGGCCAACGAAGCUUGUGGUGGGUAACCUGUCUCUGUCUCUUUACACAAGACGCAGCUCCCACAAACAGAGAUUGACAGAUUUAGUUUUUAAUUUUCACGGUUUCAGGUGUGAGCGUCAUGAAAGGCCAAGAGGAGGUGCAUAUCCACGCCCCCAUGGUCAUCUCCAAUGCAGGCAUCUUCAACACCUACCAGAAGCUGCUGCCCAAAGAGCUGCAGGCUAUGCCAAGUGAGAGGUUUCAAAAAGUGGUUGAACAUUGAUAAAAGAAUUUGUACAUUUCACACUUCAUAUAUGCAUAAUUUAACCCAACACAAGAUUGAACACAGAUGGAUGACAAUAUAGCUCCAUAAAAGUCAAUCUUUUAUUAUAAUUUUUUAUUUACUAAUUUUUUAAUAUAACUUUUUAUAUUGAGUAUAUUGAGUUUAACCACAGGUUACAUAACAUUUUUCCAAACAGCACAAUAGCAUAACACAACAUAACAUAAUAUGAUUUAUCACAAUCUACAUUCUUCAUUACAGUUACAUUUAAAUCCGUAUACCACUCAUGCAGUCUCCCCCCCCCCCCCCACACACACACACACACACACACACACACACACACACACACCUCCACCCAAUGGAAAUCACCGUGUUUACCUGCACACAUCCUCAUAUACUCAAACACUUAACAUGGGGUUAAACUUUUAAAAUCAAAACAUUCAACAAGCAUCUGUCAUUCAUGUGACGUUUCAUCAUACCAGUUCAAAUCCAGUAACACAGUUCUCUAAGUGGUGAACGUUGAAUCAAAACUUUGCUAUAAAGCCUCUUGUGAAGCUUUCAGCCCCUGGGACAUUGUGUUCUCUAUUAUCUGAGCAGAGUAAGAUGUGGGAGAGGAAGUGUGAUAAACACAAACACAAGUCCCUGGACUUUACACAGACACAAGAAGCUGUUACACAGGAGACAUUGUGCUGACAACAAAACAAUGUGCCUGUGUUUGUUGCAGGAGCCAUUUUGGCUUCACUUUUUCAGCCAGAGGAGAUAGGGUUGUUUAUUAAAAGCCAGUAGUGUGUAUUGUACAUAAUUAAACCCACCUCUGGUUAAAUAUGAGGCAGUUCAUAGAAACAUAAUGAACAUGUUUCUUAAAAAUUAAGAAUUGUCUUCAAUAAAACUAAAGGUGUUAAAGGUUUGUAAUAAGAAAGUUGAAUAAGUAUAAAUCAGAUGUUUUUCUUUUCAGUGGCCUUAUUUUUAUCAUCCAACAGAGGGUAUUGGCUCAAAAGUUCUUUAGAGAAAAGCUCAAAGUGUUAGUUGAAUUAUGUUCACUGUCUUCAGUUACUCAGACAUAGUUUUCAUUUUCUUUUAUCUCAGACAUUUCCUUUUUCUUUUUAAUAUAUGUCUGGGAUAAAAGAAAAAAAAGGAAACUAUUUCUAAGCUCCAAGUGUUUGUUAUAAAAUGGAUCAUAGGUAUAUAAGCUCAUGGGGGAACAUGAUGUGGUUAGGUCCUCCUGUUGCUUUCCUUCUGUGCUCUGUUGGUGAAGUUGAUCUUUUUACACGCAGCUAUCCAGAAGCAGCUGAGCAUGAUGAAGAACGGUGAAGGCGGCCUGAGUGUCUUUGUGGGUCUGAAUGGAACCAAGGAGGAGCUGGGCCUGAAAGCAGAUAACUACUGGAUCUUCACUGAGACCAACUUUGAUGAGCUGUAUGUUAUCUGUGUCAGAUGGGUUGAUCUUAAUUUGGAGAAAAAUCAGAAUGUUAUUCACCUGAUGUACCUGUUUCCUCUUACAGAGUGGAGAACUACAUGAACGGAACCAGAGAGGAAUCUGCCAAAAGCAUCCCGCUGCUGUUUGUUGCUUCUCCUUCUGCCAAAGAUCCAACCUGGGAAGAGAGAUCACCAGGUACACAAACUCUUUUUUUUUUUUUUAAACAUGUCUUUACAGUGAAACUGGGCUGAUAUAAGAGUCAUAGGAAUUUUCUUAAUUUUGUUUCUCCACUUCAGGAAAGUCCACCCUGAGCCUUGUCAGUUUCGCCAACUACACUUGGUUUGAAGAGUGGAAGGAUGGAAAAGUGACCAACAGAGGGGAGGAUUACAAAGACCUGAAACAGACUUUCAUCAACACAGCCCUGGAUGUCGUCUUGGAAAACUUCCCCAAGAUAACCAGAGAUAAGGUGAUGUGUCUAUUCUGCUUCUGUUUUCUACCACUGUUUACAUAUAUUGUAAUUCCUAGGCUGGAAAAAAAUGCAGUUGAAUAUUCAUGUCAAGCAAAACAGUGAAAUAUAUUCUAGCUCAUAUGAUCCUCCGCACAUAUAGUUUUAACUGUUAUUUUCACCAAGUUUUUAUUUUAUUUUUCUUUAAUACAAGUGAAGUCAGAGGCCAGAAAGGGGGCCUGAGAUCACCUCAAGUUUAUCAGGCUAGCAGCUAUGUAACUGUACGCCUCACAUGUCAACGCCGGGGGCUUUAAGAAAAAUGCAGUUGUGCAGGGUUCUGAAGACUCCAGCAAACACUGCAGGCUGUUUUCAUACCAUUUACAAGGACAGAUAGAGAUAAAACAGCAUUUAGUUUCAACUUGAACAUUCACUUAUUCACUGCUGAGAGUCAGUCAGAGUUACCUAUCUUUACUCCUGAUGUUCUGUUCAUUAACCAAACACAGCAUCUUCACCUGAGAUUUGUUUUAUGGCCAUAAAAUGUCCUCCUAUUCUGUACUUUUGAUACUCUAUAGGUGCUGGAAUUAGGGUUUUAUUUUGAAUAUCUAACAUGAAUUCAAGUGAAUAAUGGUUUGAUUUCACAUGAUUUUUUGUUAACCUCUGGAGGUUAGUUAAGACUGUUUAAAGGAUGCUGUAUCUAUGUAUGUCCUACUACCAUUGUUCAAGGUCAUCAAACAUAAUUUUAUCUCUGAUUAUGUGGUAUUAAUCAUCGUCAUUGCAUAUUGAUUGUAAAAUUUCAUGCAUCUUGACACUUUUUUUGUAUGUAUAUACUUAUGUAGGUUGAGUACAUUGAUGCUGGAACUCCACUCACUAACACGUACUACAUCGGAGCCCCAAAAGGUGAAAUCUAUGGAGCUGAUCACGGCAUAGCCCGCUUUGACCCUGAGGUCUGCAUGACAGUAAGACCUCAGACUCCCCUGAAGAACCUCUACCUCACAGGUGAGUCUCUUUGUGCAGUAAAACAUCAUUGUGAAAUCAGCUGUUAUUCCCCAGAAGGCUUCAGAGUCCACUCUUUCUUUGUGUUACAGGUCAGGAUGUGUUUCUCUGUGGCUUUGCCGGAGCUCUUGCCGGAGCUCUCACCUGCGGCUCUGUCAUUCUCAACCGUAACCUCCACCUGGACGCCAUCGGCUUGGCCAAGAAAAUCAAAUUCAUUAAUGCCAAACUGAAAGACGAAUAAAUACCAGUUAUGCAAGAGUGACCGUUAAAUACUGUAAUUUAUCAUUACACAAGCUUUUAUCUGACACUUCAAUAAUCCUGUGUGCAGAAACUUCCAAGUUUUGCUAAAAAGUUCUCGUUGAAAAUGAAGAGAUUUUUUUCCUCAAAAACCAAUAACACUACACUGUAAUUACACUGAUGAAAACAUGGAUACUUUCAAACAUACCUGUUUGAACUCGAAGGUUUUGAUAAAUUAUCGCUAAUGUGAGACAUGGAAAGUGACAUGUCUAACGGUUGAGCUUCAGCAUUUUACCUGCACUAAUCAUACCUAAUAUUACCUCAGCUGUGGCUGCAGAUAUUUUCCCAAACCAUUGACUAAGUUGAAUUUUGUGCAGCUUUGUGUGUUUUAUGUUGUUCUAAAAUAUUUUUGGAAUUAAGUGCCUGUUGUAUAUUUGAGUUGCAGUUUGUAACAGGUUUACAAAGGGGACUCCCUUUAAUAUUAAAGGGCAUAAACAAUAAACUUGUUUGAGUGUUUUUGUGUCUAAUUCAUGGAUAAAAAUUUUAAAUUGUGUUCAUAUAUAUUUUGCCUCCUUAAUUUAUUCCCCAAACUGAAUGUCAAUAGUGGCAAUAACUAUUGUAUUCAAAUCUAAAAUAUUCUGACAUUAUUCAUUAUUGACAGUAUAAUUGAAAUAGUAAACUCGACCUGUGUAAAAAGCUUUGUUUUCAAGUCUGUACAUUUACAUCCUGUCUUUCCUUUUAUCAUGAUAUAAUUAUUAAAACAAACCAUUAUAGUUUUCCUAAACGCUA